AUGACUAAAGAUUACAUUUGGUGGAAAGACGCUAGUGUUUAUCAAAUCUGGCCUGCUUCGUAUAAAGAUUCGAAUGGAGAUGGUGUAGGUGAUAUUCCAGGUAUUAUUUCCACAUUGAACUAUGUUAAAUCAUUAGGAACGGACGUUAUUUGGCUUUCCCCAAUGUAUGACUCUCCACAGGAUGACAUGGGUUACGAUAUUUCCAACUAUGAAAAGGUCUAUCCAAAAUACGGAACAUUAGAAGAUAUGGAUAACUUAAUUGAGGGAACCCACAAAAGAGGUAUGAAGUUGAUUUUAGAUUUAGUUAUUAACCAUACUUCAACCGAACAUGACUGGUUUAAGCAAUCGAGAUCGUCUAAAACCGACCCAAAAAGAGAUUGGUAUAUCUGGAAGCCAGCACGCUAUGAUGCUGAAGGUAAUAGACAUCCUCCAAAUAACUGGGUAUCUCACUUUUCGGGAUCUGCUUGGGCUUACGAUGAAACCACUGAUGAAUAUUACUUACAUCUUUUUGCUGAAUCGCAACCAGACUUGAAUUGGGAGAAUGAAGAAACAAGAAAGGCGAUCUAUAAGUCUGCUUUGUCAUUCUGGUUUGAAAAAGGAAUCGAUGGUUUCAGAAUUGAUACAGCCGGUAUGUAUUCAAAAGUUCAAUCAUUCUCUGAUGCCCCAAUCGUUUUCCCAGAUUCGGAAUGGCAACCAUGUCAAAAGUAUUUCCAAAAUGGACCUAGAAUUCACGAAUUUCACAAGGAGAUGUUUGCAUCUGUCACUUCUAAAUACGAUGCUAUGACUGUCGGAGAAGUUGGUCAUUCACCUCGUGAAGAUUCUUUGAAAUAUGUAAGCGCCAAAGAAAAAGAGAUGAAUAUGAUGUUCUUAUUCGACGCUGUGGAAGUUGGAUCAAACCCUUCUGAUAGAUUUAUUUAUGAUGGAUACAAAUUAACUGAUUUCAAAAAGGCAGUACAAAAUCAAAGUUCUUUUAUCGAAGGUACUGAUGCCUGGUCUACCGUCUUCUAUGAAAACCAUGAUCAACCAAGAUCUAUUACCAGAUUUGGUAACGACUCUAAUAAAUAUAGGGUUAAAUCAGGUAAGCUUUUAGCUUUAUUACAGUCUACUUUGAGUGGUACUUUAUAUAUUUAUCAAGGUCAAGAAAUUGGUAUGACUAAUUUACCAAGAUCGUGGUCUAUUGAUGAAUAUCUUGAUAUUAAUACUAUCAAUUAUUACAAGGAAUUCAAAGCUAAAUAUGGAGACAACAAAGAAAAAAUGGAUAAAUUGAUGGAUAACAUUAAUUUAUUGGCCAGAGAUCAUGCCAGAUCUCCUGUUCAAUGGGAUGACACUGAAAAUGCAGGUUUCUCUACAGGUAAACCAUGGAUGAGAGUUAACGAUAACUAUAAGGAAAUUAAUGUUGCAUCGCAAGUGAAUGAUCCAAAUUCCUUAUUUUCCUUCUGGAAACAAAGUUUAAAGAUUAGAAAGGAAUAUAAGGAUUUGUUGAUCUACGGUUCUUUCAAAAUUCUUGAUAACGAAAACCAGAAAAUCUUUACUUAUGUUAAGGAAGCUGCUGGCCAGAAGGCAUAUAUUGUUUUAAAUUUUACUUCAGAAAGUUUAAAGUUUGAAAACUUGGACGGAGGUAAAUUAGAAUUAUUGCACUCUAACGUCAAUGUCGAAGAUGAAGGUACCUUGAGUCCUUACGAAGGUAGAUUUUAUCUCAUUAAGUAG